CUUCGCUGGCGGGCGGGGACGGGAGAAGGGGGUUCUGAGGGAAGCUGCGCUCCCCCCCCUUCUCCUCCUCCUCCUCCUCCCGGGGCCGAAGACACGGGGAGGGAGGAGCCUGCCUCCAUUAUUUAUAUUUUGUCUCCCUUUUUAUUUCCUCCCCUCCUUCAAAGUCUGACACGUCCGCAGUGAGUGAGUGGCGUUGGCAGCCUGUCAAUCCGUCACCGGGGCCGGCAGCAGCAGCGUAAAGCGGGGCAAGCAGCCGGAGCCAUAAAUCCCGCCCGGGAGAGCCCCGACUACCGGCCCCCCAUCCAUCUCUCCCUCAUCAGCCCCUCAGCCGCCGCCGAGGAGGAAAAAACUUUUUUGAUUGCUGCUCUGAGGCAUCAUCAUCAUCACCGUCCCCAUCUGACUGGGCACCUUAACCAUUUCUAUCACCUCUCCGGCUCCUGUCAUCAAUACUGGGCGCUGCUCCCCCACCCGCCCCCAACUUCUUCUUCUUCUUCCCUGAGACUUUCUUUUGAUGCAUCUUAUUUCUUGUCUUUUUUUUUUUUUUCAAUAAUCCCUCAUUUAUUUUAUUGGCGGUGAUCAGCGAGGAGCUGCGGCGACUACUACUCCUCUAACUACUACUACUCCUCCAUCAUCGGGCACUGAUUUAUGUCCUGGACGCGGACAGAUCGGGACUGAAAAGCAAGGACCGAGGCGAUGUGAGGAGCCCCGACGCCUUCUUCUGACUCCGUGACAUCGAUCACCAUCUGGGGGGAAAUGAGCUGGGAAUAAUUGACUUUAUUUAUUUUUUUUUUUUGACAUUUUUACAAAAAAAAAACAUAUAUAUAUUUUUUUUAGGAUUUCUUUCUUGGAAUAAAGCUUUGAAAAUCAAGGUGAUUUCUUAUGCAAGGACUGUCCUAGAAGAAAAAGUGCGUCUUCUCCUGCAGAGCAUCCUUUCCUUCAAGAUCUCGGAGUGGGUCUUGCAUUGACAGAAGGGGGGGGGGAGGAAAAAAAAAAAAAUUUUGCAAAAAAACUGAUUUCCACUUGUGACUUGAAUAGCUUUUGCUUACUCGUGUCCUGAUGGGAUGAAUCGGAAGCGGCCUUGGCAAAGCUAAAGAAGCAGGGACCUUUGACCUUUCAUGAGACCCCCAGAAUUUUGUCGCAUUUGCAGCGUGCGGUGGAAUAAAUUGGCACUGGAAAUAGACCCCCAGAAGCAGAAUUUUGUCUAGACGAGGCGUUACUUUCUAUCAGUUUUUUUUUUUUCCGGAUGGAGUGAAGAACUGUAUUUAGACACCUUCUUUGCCAGUCAGUGCACGGGAAUUUACUCUUCGUUGUCACUGUUGAUGUGCGGGGCACUGACCCCCCAAGCGGUUGUGCCCCCGACUGUGAGGUCGUCUCCUCGCAGUCUAGAUUUCCAUUGAUUUCGGCUGCGUAGAGGAGUAUGGACGAGCAGACCAGGAUGCUGCAGACUUUGGCCGGGGUGAACAUGGCCGGUCACUCGGUACAGGGGGGGAUGACUUUACCUCCUCCCCACGGACACGACGGGACCGAUGGGGACGGCAGGAAGCAGGACAUUGGCGACAUCCUGCACCAGAUCAUGACCAUCACUGAUCAGAGCCUGGACGAGGCACAAGCAAAGAAGCAUGCACUGAACUGCCAUAGGAUGAAGCCGGCCCUCUUCAGUGUUCUGUGUGAAAUCAAAGAGAAAACAGGUCUCAGCAUCCGAGGGGCACAGGAAGAAGAUCCCCCAGACCCACAGCUCAUGAGGCUGGACAACAUGUUGCUGGCAGAAGGCGUAUCUGGACCGGAGAAAGGAACCGGAGCUGCAGCCGCCGCAGCGGCGGCGGCAGCGUCAGGCGGGACCUCAGACAACUCAAUAGAACAUUCCGACUACAGAGCCAAACUCAGCCAGAUCCGACAGAUUUACCACACAGAACUGGAGAAAUACGAGCAGGCAUGCAAUGAAUUUACAACCCACGUGAUGAAUCUUCUGAGAGAGCAAAGCCGGACGCGCCCCAUCUCCCCCAAAGAAAUCGAAAGGAUGGUGGGCAUUAUCCACAGGAAGUUCAGCUCCAUCCAAAUGCAACUGAAACAAAGCACCUGCGAAGCUGUCAUGAUCUUGAGGUCGAGGUUUCUCGAUGCCAGGAGAAAAAGACGUAACUUCAGUAAACAGGCCACAGAGAUCCUAAAUGAGUACUUCUACUCCCACCUCAGCAACCCUUACCCAAGCGAGGAAGCCAAAGAGGAGCUGGCGAAGAAAUGCAGUAUCACAGUGUCACAGGUAUCCAACUGGUUCGGGAACAAGCGAAUCAGGUACAAGAAAAACAUCGGCAAGUUUCAGGAAGAGGCAAACCUGUACGCAGCCAAGACGGCCGUGAACGCAGCUCAUGCAGUGGCCGCCGCCGUUCAGAACAACCAGACCAGCUCCCCCACUACGCCAAAUUCCGGUUCUUCUGGUUCUUUUAAUCUCCCAAAUUCAGGCGACAUGUACAUGAAUAUGCAGAGUCUGAAUGGGGAUUCUUACCAAGGGGCCCAAGUUGGAGCCAAUGUGCAAUCACAGGUGGAUACCCUUCGUCAUGUUAUCAAUCAGACGGGCGGAUACAGUGAUGCCUUGGGAGGGAAUUCACUGUACAGUCCACAUCACCUAACUGCUAAUGGAGGGUGGCAUGAGGCGGCAACCCCUUCUUCUGUCACCUCCCCAACAGAAGGGCCCGGCAGCGUGAACUCUGAUACCUCUAACUGAGUGACCCCUCAUAAAACUGUGCAGUCCCAGCUCUCUGGAGGGAUAAGGCAUCAUGUUAGGUCUUUAUUCAACACUUCGUUAAGCAGAUACCCAGCUCUGAGGAAGAAGAAGACCUUCACCUUCCGAUAAAUCUUCUUCUCCAGCUCAUUGGUGCUGCUUUGCCUGUUUCAAAUAAGGACCCGCACACAGCCGCAUUGUACGUCCCAGCUGAGACAAGCUGCUGGAUUCCAGUACAUCAGAAUUUUUCUUUUCUUUUUUGCUUAAUCACCACUUUGAAAGCACUUUAUCUAAUCGGGCCAAGAUCUGAGUUAGAAUCUGUGAAACGGUCUCCACGUCCCAUCGGCACUUUUUAAUCAACGGCUCAUCUGAAGGAAUGAAGUAGCAGCUUUAAGGAGAAACGUUUGCAUGUUUGCCUAGAGUAUCUGGGGUUACAGUGAAGAGACAUUCUGAUGAUGAUGAUGAUGAUUUUUUUCUUCUUGCUCGUUUUCCUAUAGGACACAUCAAAAGCUCUGUUGAUCUGUGAAGAUGCAUCCACUUCUACAGGGAAAAAAAAAAAUCUUCACAUGCUGUUAAUGAAUUAUCUCACCGGAUGGACUCUUUAAUCAAGCCCUUUCAUGUUGUCAUCUGUCGGCCACAUUUCCAAUUUUUUUUUAUUUUAUUUCAGAAUUCAAAAACAAAUAAAAUAAAAAAUCUCUGUAAACAGUUUGUAGGGCAUUGUCUAAAAAUUAGGGUAACACAAUUGGGGGCAAAUUAUGUAAUAGGAAUAUCUCUGUUACACAUCACAUUCCGGUUCAUGAUAGGAAAAGAAGUGACAUCGGGUCCCAUAACAACAAACCAAAGAAACUUUAAAAUCACAAUAUGAAAUUUGUUUUUGUUUUUUCUCCAUAUGUCAUUUAAAAGCUAUACAGAGGGCUUUUUUAUUUUUUAUUUUUUUUUACAUAUAUUAUAGCUAAUGAUUUUUUUUUUUUUUGUGGUUUGCUAUUAUUAAGCAAAUGCAUCUUCAACGGAGUCUCCUCCAGUAAUGCAGUAACUUUUUGGUUCUUAUUAGCCUUUCCCAACCUUGUAAAUAACCCUUUCCGUGGCAGAGGAUGACGGGAAAGGGAUUGAAUCCCCAAUGUGGUGUUUUACAGCAACGGGUUAAAUGCUGUAUAAUGAAUUUCUCAAAAUCUGCCCUUUCUUGUGGCAAUUAAAAACAAAACAAAAAAAAACACUGUAUAUAUUGUAGCAAAAGAGAAUUUAUACAUGGUCACCGAACGAAACUGCUUUAUUUACCUCAUAAAAACUCAUAGGAGCCAACAGACAUGUCACAUGUAGAUUAGUCUGCCCACCUACUACCUCUGAAUAUCAUGCGUAGUACGUCUAACUUUCUAUCAUCGUGUGAUUACAACAGCAGAUUGGGCCACGGUGCCUCUGGAUCAUGCUGGAAUCUAUAGUAGUGCCAUAAUAUUGUAAAUAAAAUAUAAAACAGUAAAUUUUACAAAUUCAAACCAAGCAACAGCAUAAAAUAAUGACACCAAUAUUUCUAAAGGGAAUGUCUCAUGAAAAAAUGACUAUUUAAAUCAUUUUUUUUAAUUAAUUUUUUUACUUUUGUACAUCAUUUUUGUAUUAUUUUUGGAGGUGAUUUUUCAUAUUUUAUGUUUAUAUAUAGAGGCUGACAUUACCUGUUUUCUGCAACUCAUGUAUCAUCUUUUGUUAUAUGGCCAGGGUCAACGGGGGACGAGGAACUUAGGGGGAGAUUUAUUAUCUCCCUAUGCCAUUUUUCUGGCCAAAAACAAAUAAGUCAUAGACUUCGUGUUUGCAACUUUUUAAAAUCUACUGUGACCAAACGUAUUCGCAAGUGGUGCUUCUACGCUGCUCUCUGAGAAGGAGGCAUGGUGAGGUAGAGACACGGACUUCCUGCGCCAAGUCAUAAAUUAAAGGCUAUCUACACCUUCAGAGGCAAUUUUUGUUUAUGAUUGCAUUUUAGUCAUUUUUGGCAAAAAAUUAUAUUUUUGAUUGGCCUUUAUUAAAAAUAUUGAGCCAUUCUGUCA